AUGUCUAAAAUCCCAAUCGUAUUUUUAUUUUUAUGGGCAGUUUUGAAAUUUUGCUUAACUAAUAAUUCAUAAAGGAAGACAGAUAUUUUGACAAAUACUUUUUUAAAAUUUUGUUCCUUAACAAAAGAAGUUGGUUUACUUGAUGCGGACAUAUAUGGACCUUCAAUUCCAAAGAUGAUGAACUUGAAAGGAAACCCAGAAUUAACACCAAAAAAUCUAAUGAGGCCACUUAAGAACUAUGGCAUCGCAUGCAUGUCUAUGGGUUUCUUGGUAGAAGAGACUGCCCCAGUUGUGUGGAGAGGACUCAUGGUAAUGUCAGCUGUAGAGAAAUUGUUGAGACAGGUUGACUGGGGUCAACUGGACUAUUUAGUAAUUGACAUGCCGCCUGGGACUGGAGAUGUACAGCUAUCAGUGUCACAGAAUGUUCCAAUUGCAGGAGCCGUGAUCAUCUCCACUCCACAAGACGUGGCUUUAUUGGAUGCACACAAAGGAGCUGAAAUGUUUAGAAAAAUCCAUGUACCUGUUUUAGGGCUGGUUCAAAAUAUGAGUGUUUUCCAGUGUCCCAAAUGUAAACAUGAGACGCACAUUUUCGGAGCUGAUGGUGUAAGAGAUCUAGCAAAAACCCUUGGAUUGGAUAUUUUAGGAGACAUUCCACUGCAUGUUAAUAUACGGGAGACAUGUGAUUCAGGACAGCCUGUUGUGAUAUCACAGCCUCAAAGUGAUGCC